UAUGGCAUAAUGCAUUGUCUGGUGUCUGCUACCAAAUAAAAUACUUUUUUCUAUUUGUUUUCACUUGCAAUUCCAAUGCAAAGUUUAAUUAUUGUUUAAAGUUCGAUAGAGUUACAUAUAUAAAAUCUUGCAAUGAAUGAAAAUGAUUAAGUUUGUUGAUAUCUAAUCAAAGAUUUACUUAAUAGCUCUUAAUUGAGUACCGAUUGUAGAUUGUGUGCAUUGCCAAAUGACUGCUCUUACACAGCCUAAGCGUUUAGCAGCAUUUGACUUCGACAACACUGUGAUUUUUGGCAAUACCGACACAGUUGUUCGUGAUUUAAUCAAAUGCAAAAUACCACCUGAAGUGCAAGAGCUCAUAAAAACAGAAGGUUGGACUCGUUAUAUGGAAGAGAUUUUUCGGAUUUUGCAUACAAACAAAAUUACAAAAGAGAAAAUACUACAAACAAUACGAGAGAUUCCUGAGGUUCCAGGUUUUGUUAAGCUUAUAAAAACUCUUCAUAAAGCCAAUUUUGAUUUGAUAAUAAUAAGUGACUCCAAUAGUGAGUUUAUAAGAGAAUGGACACAAAGUCAUGGCAUUAGUGAGAUAUUUACCCAAAUCUUUACCAACCCAGCUAAUUUUGUAGAUAAUGAUUUAUUGACCAUUAAGCCCUUUCACCACCAAACAACAUGUAAACUCAGUGCUGAGAACCUAUGCAAAGGAAAAAUUCUUUCAAAUUUUAUUGCUAAGCGAGAAGUUGCUGAUUUUAUUAAGUACGAGAAUGUUAUUUAUGUCGGAGAUGGUACAAACGAUAUUUGUCCGGUAAUGAGACUUAGAGAAAAAGAUGUUGGAUGUGCCAGAAAAGGCUAUGGAAUGAAACGUAUAUUAGAAAAGAAUAAGAACUCUAAACUGAGUCCAAAAUCCCGCAUAAUAUAUUGGGAAAAUGGAUUUGACUUAAUGGAACAGUUGCGAGAAUACUUAAAUCAGUAAAAUGUAUAUUGUUAAAGCUAAGUUUACUUAAUAGUUUAAAACAUUUAUAUUGUUUAUAAUAAAUAUAUAUGCUUAAAUA